UAAAAGCUAAUUAAAUCAUGCAUAUGCCUCCACUACUCUCUCUCUUCUUAUAUAUAUACACUCCUUACUUGCUGUUUUUAACUAGCUCACAUGCAAAUUAUUUAAUACAAGCUAGCUAGUCCCUUCCGUAGCUAAAGGUUCAAAUCCUCCCUCUACCCACCCACCUUUCCUUGAGCUUUCUCUUCAGAAAUUUUAGCGUUUUCUGGAUUUUUUUUUUUUUUUUUUGGUUGGGAUUAUUAGUAUGAUGAAGAGAAUGUGGGGAGUGUGUGGAAUGGUGGUUUUGGUGUUUGGGUUGUGGAGUAGUAGUAGUAGUGUGGUUAGAGCAGCUCCACAAGUUCCAUGUUAUUUCAUAUUUGGAGAUUCAUUGGUGGACAAUGGGAAUAAUAAUCAGCUUCAGUCUUUGGCUAGAGCUGAUUAUCUUCCUUAUGGGAUCGAUUUCGGCGGACCCACCGGAAGGUUUUCCAAUGGCAAAACCACCGUUGAUGUCAUUGCUGAGCUAUUGGGUUUCGAUGAUUACAUUCCACCGUUUGUAAGUGCAAGAGGUCAAGACAUACUCAAAGGAGUUAAUUAUGCAUCAGCAGCUGCAGGAAUCAGAGAGGAAACUGGGCGUCAACUGGGAGGUAGGAUUAGUUUUAGUGGACAGGUCAGGAAUUACCAAAACACAGUGUCCCAGGUGGUGAACUUGCUAGGGAGUGAGGAUGCAGCAGCUGAUUAUCUGAAAAAAUGCAUUUACUCAAUCGGAUUAGGAAGCAAUGACUACCUCAACAACUAUUUCAUGCCCACCUUUUACUCCACCAGCAAUCAGUAUACUCCUGACCAGUAUGCUGGUGUUCUUAUUCAGCAAUAUACUGAACAACUCAAGUUGUUGUACAACUAUGGAGCAAGGAAGUUCGUGUUGUUUGGAGUGGGACAGAUAGGUUGCAGUCCAAACGAAUUGGCUCAGAACAGCCCAGAUGGUAGAACUUGUGUACAGAGGAUCAACUCCGCUAAUCAGAUCUUCAAUUCAAGGCUCAAAUCUCUUGUCGAUCAAUUCAACGCCAACAAUGCUGAUGCGAAAUUCAUCUUCGUUGAUUCUUAUGGCAUUUUCCAGGAUAUCAUCAACAGUCCUGCAACCUAUGGAUUUAGGGUAACAAAUACUGGGUGCUGUGGGGUAGGGAGGAACAAUGGACAAAUAACAUGUUUGCCACUACAAACACCAUGCGCAAACAGGAAUGAGCACUUGUUUUGGGACGCAUUUCAUCCAACUGAGGCAGGAAACACUGUUGUGGGCAGGAGAGCUUACAGUGCUCAGCGUCCCACCGAUGCUUAUCCAAUUGAUAUUCGAAGGCUCGCCCAACUCUAAUUAUCUCAUUCUCAUCCAAUUCCUUAUCUAAUAUAUAACAAAAUUUAUAUGUCUUGCUUUCAUUUUUGUUCUGUUUAUUUCUGCAAUCGUUAUUAAAAAGAAAAUGUAUUACUUCUUUCUAAGCUUUUAAGUAAUAUUUAGAUUUCCAACAUCCAAAAAGUUUGAUUUCGGAGUCUUUUCUUUAUCUUCUGUACCAACUUGGCUAAAGAUGCAAAAAUGAGGAUACUAUUAUUAGUUCUUGUCCUCCAUAAUCCUCAUUUUUAUGAGAAUGAUUCACAUGGCAGUACAUUUUAUUUAUUUAUUUAUUUAUUAUUAUUAUUUUUUAA